ACCCCACAUUCUCCUCUCCACCUCACAGCAGAAACCCCUCCCCAACAUGUCCACGUUCUCCUCUCGGUCCUUCAGCGCCGGGGGCCGAGUGGGGUCCAUGAGGGCCCCCACUGUUUACGCCGGCGCCGGCGGGAAGGGAAGCCGCAUCUCCAGUGCCUCCAAAAACUACUCUGCUGGUGGGGGGUUCGCCUCCUUCUCCUCCUUGGGGGGUUUCGACCUGGCAGACGCCGUGGACGUCAGCGACAAUAAGAAGGUGACCAUGCAGAACCUGAACGACCGGCUGGCGUCCUACCUGGAGAAGGUGCGCCGCCUGGAGGACGCCAACACCGAGCUGGAGAAGAAGAUCCGGGACUUCCUGGGGAGCAAGACCCAGUCUCAGGGGGGGGAAUUCUCCUCCUACAUGAGCAUCAUCAGCGACCUGCAGGAGCAGAUCCUGGACGCCAUCCGCACAAACGGAUCUCUGAACCUCAUGGUUGACAACGCCCAGCUGGCCUCGGAUGACUUCCGGACGAAGUACGAGAACGAGCUGGCCAUGCGUCAGGGCGUGGAGGGCGACAUCGCUGGCAUGAAGAGGCUUCUGGACGGCCUGACCCUGGGGAGGUCAGACCUGGAGAUGCAGAUUGAGGGGCUGAAGGAGGAGCUUAUCUACCUGAAGAGGAACCACGAGGAGGACCUGCAUGCUCUGCGCUCCCAGAUGAGCGGUCAGGUGAAUGUGGAGGUGGACGCUACACCACAGCAAGACCUGUCCCGAGUCAUGGAGGAGAUCAGACAGCAUUAUGAGAGCGUGGCGGAGAAAAACCGCAAGGACCUGGAGGACUGGCACCAGAACAAGAUUGAUGAGCUCAACAAAUCCACUGCCGUGAACACAGAGGUUCUGAAAUCGUCCAACUCUGAGGUCACCGAGCUGAAAAGGACCCUGCAGAGCCUGGAGAUCGACCUGCAGUCUCAGCUCAGCUCGAAAGUCUCCAUGCAGUCCAUGCUCAGUGACACGGAGUUCAGGUACGGCAAGAUUCUGGCGGAUCACCAGGACCGUGUGAGGUUCCUGGAGGAGCAGCUGGUGCAGUUGAGAGCCGACCUGGAGCGGCAGCAGCAGGAGUACCAGAACCUGCUGGACAUCAAGACCCGGCUGGAGAGCGAGAUCAAAGUGUACUGGGAGCUCCUGGAGGGCGAGUCCAGCAGCACCUCCAACCCACCCACCUCAUCCUCCACCGUAAAACGUAAAGUACUGAUUGUCACCAAAGAAGUCACUGAUGAUGGAGAGGAGACAACGGAGACCCAAGAGAUAGAAUGAGGUGCCAACCGUCUGUGCACGAGCCGUGCACGGCCCUCACAAAUAAAUCUCCUCUGAUGAA